GGACGAGAGCUGGAGGGUUGGCGGCGGGGGCGUCCGAGACCCGCAAGUGAUCGGGCUUGCCCGGGGACCCUGCGCCACGACUCUGCAUGAAUUUCGCUUUCGCUUUGGGCCAGCCGGAGGCGGCGGGGCCGUCCCCUGAACGCCUGCGGCCGGGCACCCGUGGAGUUAAUUCGAAAGCGCCGCAAACCCCGCGGGCCGAACUCCGCGUGUCACCGAGAAGCUGAUGUAGAGAGAGACAGAGAGAGAAAGCAAGCAAGAGACCAGAGUCCCGGGAAAGUCCUGCCGCGCCUCGGGACAAUUAUAAAAAUGUGAUCCCCUGGGUCGGCUUCCCACCAUCGCCCUCACCUGCUGCGUCCACCGUCCGGAUCCAGCUCCAGCCCAGUGUCCGCCCAGUGCCCGCUCAGCAUGUGCCCGCCGCGUGGCCUCCUCCUUGUAACCAUCCUGGUCCUGUUAAACCACCUGGACCACCUCAGUUUGGCCAGGAACCUCCCCACACCCACACCAAGCCCAGGAAUGUUCCAGUGCCUCAACCACUCCCAAACCCUGCUGCGAGCCAUCAGCAACACGCUUCAGAAGGCCAGACAAACUCUAGAAUUUUACUCCUGCACUUCCGAAGAGAUUGAUCAUGAAGAUAUCACAAAAGAUAAAACCAGCACAGUGGAGGCCUGCUUACCACUGGAAUUAACCAUGAAUGAGAGUUGCCUGGCUUCCAGAGAGAUCUCUCUGAUAACUAAUGGGAGUUGCCUGGCCUCCAGAAAGACCUCUUUUAUGACGACCCUGUGCCUUAGCAGUAUCUAUGAGGACUUGAAGAUGUACCAGGUGGAGUUCAAGGCCAUGAAUGCAAAGCUGUUAAUGGAUCCUAAAAGGCAGAUCUUUCUGGAUCAAAACAUGCUGACAGCUAUUGAUGAGCUGUUACAGGCCCUGAAUGUCAACAGUGUGACUGUGCCACAGAACUCCUCCCUGGAAGAACCGGAUUUUUAUAAAACUAAAAUCAAGCUCUGCAUACUUCUUCAUGCUUUCAGAAUUCGUGCAGUGACCAUCAAUAGAAUGAUGAGCUAUCUGAAUUCUUCCUAAAAAGCUGAAGUUUCUCCCAACCUUAAAGCCACUUUUACAGAAAUGUGAACCAAAAAAAAAAA